CAACGUCAAAGUUCAGAUCCUCAUCACUCAACAUUUCCUUCUCCCAUUGUCGCGUUUCCAUUCAUUACCCUCCAUCGUUGCACUCUCCACUUUCACCGUAACUGUUAAACUUAUCUCCGCCGCCGGCACGUUUCCGAUCACCUCCUUCUUCAUUCUCCUCAUUUUCCAAGCUCCUCAGAUCAACCUGCACGGCCAUACGUUCUAACCUUCGGCCAUGGAUAACUUAAGAACUCCCUUCAAGGGAAUUGCGGAGGAUUUCAAAGGAAGGAAAAAAUGUUACAAAGAUGACUGGAUGAAUUCAUUUAGUUCUGGCAUAGGGAUACUGGCUCCAACAACUUACAUUUUCUUUGCGUCUGCUCUUCCGGUCAUUGCUUUUGGUGAACAGUUGAGCAGGGAGACAGAUGGAAGCUUGACCACAGUUGAAACUCUUGCCUCUACUGCAAUCUGUGGAAUCAUUCAUGCAAUUUUUGGUGGACAACCUCUAUUGAUUUUAGGAGUUGCAGAGCCUACAAUCAUCAUGUACACUUAUCUGUACACUUUUGCCGGCAGGAGCCCAGAAAUGGGGAAGGAACUGUUUGUAGCCUGGGCAGGAUGGGUUUGUGUCUGGACUGCUCUCAUGCUGUUUCUUCUUGCUAUAUUUAAUGCUUGCACAAUCAUCACUAGAUUUACAAGGAUUUCAGGGGAACUUUUUGGCAUGCUGAUUACUGUUCUUUUUUACCAAGAGGCUAUAAAGGGAUUAGUCAGUGAAUUUGAGAUUCCUAAAGGUGAGAACGCUGCAUCAGAGGAGUACCAAUUCCAAUGGCUCUAUACAAAUGGGUUAUUGGCAAUAAUAUUCUCAUUUGGGGUACUUAUAACAUCCCUUAUAAGCAGAGAUGCUAGGACUUGGCCUUAUGGUACAGGAUGGUUGCGAAGUUUUGUAGCAGACUAUGGGGUUGCGCUAAUGGUUGUGUUGUGGACAGCAAUGUCUUAUGCAGUACCUGGAAAAAUUCCAUCCAGUAUUCCACGAAGGCUCUUUUCUCCUCUUCCCUGGGAUUCUUCAUCAUUGUACCACUGGACAGUGGCCAAGGAUAUGGCAAGAGUCCCAACAGGUUACAUCUUUGCUGCCUUCAUUCCCGCUGUUAUGAUAGCAGGGCUAUACUUUUUUGAUCACAGUGUAGCUUCACAGAUGGCCCAACAGAAGGAGUUCAAUCUUAAGAACCCACCUGCAUACCAUUAUGAUAUCUUUGUGCUUGGCGUCAUGACUUUGAUUUGUGGUUUACUCGGACUCCCUCCUUCAAAUGGAGUUCUUCCUCAAUCACCAAUGCAUACAAGGAGUCUUGCUACCCUUAAAAGGCUGUUGCUUCGAAAGAAAAUGGUGAAGAGUGCAAGAGAAGGAAUGAAAAUGCAAGCAAGCAAAUCAGAGAUUUAUGGGAGAAUGCAUGCUGUAUUCAUUGAGAUGGAUGCAUCUCCAGCACCUGUAGUGGACAAAGAGUUGGAAAAUUUGAAGGAAGCUGUGCUGAAACAGGGUGAUGGAGAAGAUAAGAACUUUGACCCUGCCAAACACAUUGAUGCCCACUUACCUGUGAGAGUUAAUGAACAAAGAGUCAGUAACUUUUUGCAAUCCCUUCUCAUAGGACUUGCUAUAUUUGCCAUGCCUGUGAUAAAGAUGAUACCAACAUCAGUUCUUUGGGGAUACUUUGCGUACAUGGCAACUGAUAGCCUCCCUGGUAAUCAAUUCUGGGAGAGAAUAUUACUGCUCUUUGUUCCUUCUAGUCGGCGAUUCAAAGUCUUGCAGAGUCUCCAUGCCUCAUUUGUGGAGCUAGUACCAUUUAAGUAUAUUGCAGCUUUCACGGCCUUCCAGUUUGUGUAUCUCUUGAUUUGCUUUGGAGUAACAUGGAUACCAAUUGCUGGGAUACUAUUCCCCUUGCCAUUCUUCUUUAUGAUAUCCAUAAGAGAACACAUUCUUCCAAGGUUUUUUCCACUAGAGUACCUUCAGGAAUUAGACGCCGCUGAGUAUGAAGAAAUUGCUGGGCGUUCAAUUCACUCGAGGGAUACGCCUCCCAAGGAGGAUGAUGAUGACGACGACGAUUACUCUGCUGCUGAAAUAUUGGAUGAGAUGACCACUCACAGAGGCGAAUUGAAGCACAGGUCUACCAGCGUCAAUGAAAGGCACCAUCAGGUUCACCCAGAUGAUCAAUCUAGGCCAUAAGAACAACCUGAUUUGAUUCAACGACACAAAUUCACCAUCAUCUCCUCACGAAAGUGGCAUCUUUGCGAAGGUUUAUCUUUGCGUAUACUCUCUGUACUGUUUAUAGAACGUGAGAUGUAGCAAAAGGAUAUUGAAAAGCAAAGAAGAAUAAAGGGAGAUAUAGAAGAAUGAGAGGAGAUUCAGAAAAUAGAAGCCACACUGAAGAGAAUUGUUUGACAAUAAAUUCUGGUUGUAUAGUUAUUGUCGGCUCUUGCCGACUAGGAAAUUAUAUAAAGCAGCCAGCAGAUAUUGACAUUACUUAUUGAUUAUGGUUAUAUUUUUUAAACUUGUCCUU